GGCUUUGGGCAUUAUCAGCUGAGAAUGCUUGGCAGGUGCACAGCUGUGAUCACUCGGGAUGUGUUUGAACUUUUGCCUCUGGGCAUGUGCGGUGCCAGCCCUCACAAACCUGUUUCCUGCCGCUGUUAAACACCUGCUCCCUCCUGUCUUCCUUGUGGGUGUGCAUUACACCCAUUUGUUGCAUCUCCUUCCUGUUAGCAUGUGCGCGCUCUGAAGCAGGGACUGUCUCAUUCUCUAUUUUUGUAUCGAGUUUGUUGGGAACACUGGGGCAUGGCCACUAGGUAACUCGAGGGGAUGGAAGACCACGAGUGUCGAUGAAGCCCCCUCGCACUAGGCCCCGGUGUCCUUGGCCCCCUCCUCCUGCCUGGAGGCACUCGCAGCAGCUCUGCGUGCUAGGCCCAAGUGUCCUUGGCCCCCCCUGCCUGGAGGCACACACAGCAGUUAUGCUGAGAAUCUGCAACAGUAUGUUGCAGAGUCAGACUGCCUGAAACUAAGCAAGGCCAAACAGGGGAGAUAUGGAAGAACAAUGCUGAAUAAAGCAGCUUUAUGUAUAGUUUAACAAAUGAUACAGAGAAUCAGGGAACUAGCUGGGAACUGGAUUGGCUGGCUAUAUGGAUACUUGGAGCAGCUUGCUAUUGGAUAAGUAUGCUGGGAAAAAGGAUGUAUAAAAGCCUGUGUAACUUCCUGCUCUGUUGUGCAGGAUUUGAGAUUUUAUUCUCCCUGUACCUUUUUGCAGCUGCAAAUAAACUUUUCUGCUUCUCCACCCCGUUGUGAUUAUUGGGUGUAGCACACCGGGUAACGAACCAACUCAAGCUGUUGUUCAGCCUCUCGGCACUGGGUGCCGGCAACAGCUUUUGGCGUCCCUGGGUGGGCGACGACGCUGCAAUUUAGCCUUGCCCGGACCCCUCCUGGAGGUCGAGAAGUGCGGCGAGAACCAACGCCCAGCGCGCACCGGUGAGUUCAUCGGGGGCCUCGGAGGAGACGCGAUUUGAUCGACCCCAGAGGGCACAACGGUGCAACGCACUCAUAUAGUGGAGAAGCAGUUUGUGGACGGCGGUGAAGAACCGGUCCCUUAGACGUGGGGGAGGAGCAGCUGCAGGCCACGGUGAAGAACCGGUCCCUUGGAUAAGGUAUACCAAGGAUUCCCAGCCUCUCCCCUUGGACUCUCCCGUCCACUCCUUACAGCCGGUGACUCCGUGCUUGUUCAUACCUGGAAGGACGAGCCUCUCCAGGAAAAGUGGAAAGGACCCUAUACCGUCCUGCUGAUCUCCCAAACAGCAGCAAAGGUCUAGGGACACAAGAACUGGAUCCAUCACUCUCGUCUGAAGGCAGUACCUGCCCCCUCGUCAGCAGAACAGUGGACCGUCCAACCUGCUGACUCUUCAUCUAGUAACGAUCUCGGGCUAAAGCUACUGUUUAAAAGACACAAAUAGCAGGCACGCCAAAAUGGGCCCACCCAGGUACUGGAGACCCUGGGUUGGGAAGACUCUGGUGAUAAUUAAUUGGGUAACAUUGUUAUUCUCUGUAUUGUUAUUUCCAAACUGUGCAUAUUGGGAGCAUAACUCCUUUGUUUCGCUUGCGCACCAUGUUGCUAAUUUAACAAACCAGACUGAUUGCUGGGUAUGGGCUCCAACUCCACUGUCCCCCAAAACGGGAAUGCCCCUUGACAUGCUGCCCCUGACCCUAGCAGAAUUAGCUGCCAUCAAAGAGCAGGAACGAACAGACUCGCCGUUCUGGAACAAGACCUCUUUACAGCAGGCCACCUAUCAGGACCAGGAGUAUUCAGUUGCAGUACUCACCGAAGGAGUGUUAUGUUUUACCCAAAGCCAAUCUGAUCACUAUGGGCGUCCUGUGGGAAAAAGCUCCUGUGUUAUUACACAAUGGGCUGAUGGGUAUUGGAUAAAGGCCAAAAGGGGAGGCCAGCAGUGUGGGUGUAAUGGUUCCUCCCCUUUUAGGGAAACUCUUACGAAUAAUCUUACCAAAAAAGAAGGGUUUGGAAAUAUAACUUGCCGUCCAGUUAAUAUCUCCAAUGUAGCAAGCCAAUGGUGGGUUUGUAGUGGUACCUAUGGCGAGUGUAAUUUGAACGGUACAAUUAGAAAGGCCCCCACUUGUACCCAAUCAGGAGGCUGGGAUGCCCCUUUAGGGGCAUAUGAACUGUUUGGAAAAGCAGCCAAAGCAGCCUUAAAUACCCCAGGAAUCCCCUUUAGAAACAGUCCUUAUUGGGCCCUACAGGGUCACUAUUUCGUAUGUGGCCGAAAGGCUUACAAGGUGCUGCCAGCCAACUGGACAGGUAGCUGUUAUAUAGCUCAUGGAGUUCCUCAUCUGUCAAUAACUGCCACACUGCCCAAAGGAAAGAUUAGAAAUGCCCGAGACACCUCUAUUGAGUCACGAGAAAAGACCCUGCGGCGACUGACUGCGGCAUUGGAGGGCAAUAUAAAGAAUCCCCUCACAACCGAGAAGCUUGUAGGGUGCUCUGUACUGGGAAUAACGCCACUGUUUACCGGGCCAGCCAUGGCAUGCAAAGGCCGCUAUACUGUAAGGCUGCAAAUGGUACUUGAGAAAGUGGCCUUAGAGUUAGAGGACUCGGUUAGUGAUUUAGGGUCGGCAGUAAAAACAUUAAAUAAAGAGGUACAGCAGCUCAGGACCUUUUCCCUCCAAAACAGGCUGGCUUUGGACUAUCUCUUGGCAUCCCAAGGAGGGGUUUGUGCCCUCGUCGGGCCCCAAUGUUGUGUAUAUGUAAAUGAUAGCAGUUAUGAGAUCUAUGAAAAGGUGGUACAGGCUGAGGCCCAUGCUCGAGCCGGAGCACAGGUUGCCUGUACUGCCACCAAGAGUGAUUGGUUACAAACCUUGUUUUCAGGCUGGGGUUUGUCAUCUUGGCUUGGUGGUUUAUUUAGCCUGUUAUUGAAACUUCUUUUUCCUGUAUUGCUUGUAUUACUGGUAUUAUGCUGUGCAGCAUCAUGUGUCAGGACCCUUUUGUAAAAGUUAAUAAGUCACUCUCUUCAGGGCUAUCACAAAGUGCUUAUGCAAAGUCCUAUUGUAAAGAAAUAAGUAGCCCAAGUGAGAAAACUCAGAGCCAAGGCUGAGUGUUCUCAAAGGAGGGAGUAGUUGUUGGGGACACUGGGGCAUGGCCGCUAGGUAACUCGAGGGGAUGGAAGACCACGAGUGUCGAUGAAGCCCCCUCGCACUAGGCCCAAGUGUCCUUGCCCCCUUCCCUCCCCCCCCCCCCGGCUUGGAGGCACUCACAGCAGAUAUGCUGAGGAUCUGCAACAAUAUGUUGCAGAGUCAGACUGCCUGAAACUAAACAAGGCCAAACAGGGCAGAUAUGGAAGAACAAUGCUGAAUAAAGCAGCUUUAUGUAUGGUUUAACAGACGGUACAGAGAACAAGGGAGCUAGCUGGUAACUGGAUUGGCUGGCUAUAUGGAUACUUAGGGCAGCUUGCUAUUGGAUAGGUAUGCUGAAGAAAGGAUGUAUAAAAGCCUGUGUAACUUCCUGCUCGGUGUGCAGGAUUUGAGAUUCUAUUCUCCCUGUACCUUGUUUGCAGCUGCAAAUAAACUUUUCUGCUUCUCCA